AUUCACGCUAUACAAAACUUAAGUGUGGGUGCGUGGUGAGAGUAGCAGUCUGUAGGCUAUAUGAGCCAGUCGCAUUCCUCGGAUUGAAUGCUCCACCUAAAAUUAUUACCUCUCGUUACUCCCACCCAUUCCCCGCCUCUAAAUUCCUGCUAGUCUGAGAACGGGUAUGGUACCACCUCAACUCAAGGAGAGAAAGUCCAUCGUUCGUUGCUUACUGUAGGCGAGAGAAAAUAAACAAGGAAGCUUCGGGGUUAAUCAAGCAUUGCCUCCUCAAACUAGUGACGGCCGGGUUUGCAGGGAACGAUUUUGUUUUGUUGAUGUAACGACAAACUAUCCGAGUCGUAUGUUGCAACUGACUACGCAGUGCAUAGACUGUUUUAAGUUAUUAGGCUAAUUCAACUUUUCGCUGACGGGAGGAAAAGUUGUCGCUGAUUAGUGCUAUAUUUUACAAAGCCGCUUUGUGGCAACAUUUUAUUUGCUUUCCUUUUGUGUCAUAUAUUGAUAUCAUCUGUUGACAAGACCCAAGUUAAACAGUCGGCUCACACGCAAUCAACUGGUGAAGGCAUGGAAAUAUUGGACGGCGGUGAACCGUUUUUACACUGGGAUCGAAAUCUCAGCGAAUUGUCUGAAGGGGGAGAAAAUGACGGUGUUCUGUACAGUACUCACUUCACCGAGCUCCUGGAUGACCUAUCCCAGGAUGCUUUGCUGGGCCAGCUGCUGAGCGACCCCUUCCUGUCCGACCGGGGGGAGGCCAUGGACAUUGAGGAGGAGCUGACCCCCACCUCCCCAGUCCCCCCCCACAUCCAGGCCGAGCACAGCUACUCCCUCAGCGGGGACUCCCGGCCCCAGUCCCCCCUCUCACACCUGCCCGGAGAACCAGGCAGCGACGCAGGUGACUCUGAGGGAGACGAUUGGCCCAUGGAGACGGAAGACAAGAGCCUGAAGAUGGAGCCCCUGCUGUGUGACCUCCCCACCCUGACCGUCACCAUCACUGGCCAGGCCGUGACCUCUGACCCCGUCGCCAAGGCAACCACCUCCAAGGCAACGGCCACCCUCACGCUGGCCAAUCCCCAGUCCACAGAACUCAAGAUUAAGGUGAAGGACGACGGCGAGACCUUCACUCCUCAGAUUAAACUAGAGCCUCACGAGGUGGACCAGUUCCUCAACCUGUCCCCAAAAGCCCUGGAGUCUCUCCAGAUGCCCCCCACCCCGCCCAGUUCCCAUGGCAGCGACUCAGAGGGCAGCCAGAGCCCCGUGCACCCCUGCGCCCCCUCCAGCCCCACACAGACCCCCGCCGCCCUCAAGGUGGCGCCACGCGCACCCUCCUCCCUCUCCAACUCUCCACUGCUUACCGCUCCACACAAGCUGCAGGGCUCCGGCCCUCUGAUGCUGACGGAGGAGGAGAGGCGUACUCUCAUCGCCGAGGGUUACCCCGUCCCCAACAAGCUGCCCCUCACCAAGGCGGAGGAGAAGGCCCUCAAGAAGAUCCGCCGCAAGAUCAAGAACAAGAUCUCGGCCCAGGAGAGUCGCAGGAAGAAGAAAGAGUAUAUGGACGCCCUGGAGAAAAAGGUGGAGACAUGCUCCAAUGAGAACAGCGAACUCCGCAGGAAAGUGGAAAACUUGGAAUGCACCAACAAAUCUCUGCUGCAGCAGCUGCAUUCUCUCCAGGUGGCGGUGGCAGGAAAGGUCCCUCGCUCCUGCAGAGUGGCAGCAGGAACCCAAACCUCCACAUGCCUCAUGGUGGUGGUCCUCUGCUUUGCCGUGUUCCUGGGCAGUUUCUACCAGGGUCUCAGUCCCUGCUCCUCCCUCACAAAGACAGGCCUGUCCAGAGAACCCUCCAUGCAGGAGUCUUACACUGCCACAGUGAAGUCCAGGAGUCUCCUGUCCUAUGAGGACCACGGGGGUAUGGAGGAGCACCCUGCUGGCUUGGGUGGAGAGUACCCCGAAUGGGAUGCCCAGAUGGAAGUCAUGGCAACCUGGCGUCUGGAGCAGCAGCAUCAUCACGAGGAGCAGCUCGAGGCUCUCAAACACACGGAAGAGGCGCACGCGUCCUUCUCGCACAGCAACGACACACACAACUCGCAGAAAACAGCUGUGCUCAUAGACCUGAACCCACACAGAUCACUGGAGCAGAGGUCAAACGAGAGUACAAAGGUGAUUGAGCUGGAGAGGACAGUGAACGAGACGUCAUGAGGAGGUCGGCAGGCCCUGCUCAUCGUCGCCCCCUGCUGUUUGGGCUCCCCCUGUAUUUAUAAAUCCCCACUUAAUGUUUAAGUAUAUAGAUGUCUGUGGGUUUUUUCCCCCAAAAUGAAACUUGGCAUCAAGAAAAAAAAGUACAGAAAAAAAACUAAACAAAAAAAACCAAAUAUAUGUAUUUUUAUUCCAUUCCAUCAUUAUAUCAUGUUUUGAUAUCUAAUUUUAUGUCACUUUUUGUUGCAUCUGUUUUUUUUUCUCUCUCGUUUUUAUAUGUAUUGAUUUGACAAAUGCUUUAUCUCUCUCCUUUUUAGUUCUGUUUUAUUUCUUUGAGGUGGGGAUAGGGGCUGGACUCUCUGUUUCUCAAAGAUUCACUGAUAAUUAUAGUUGAAUGGGAGAUUCUCAGCACUGUUAGAGAAAAAAAGCCAAGUGGUCACCUCCAGAAGCACUGACGCCGGUUCCCCAGCAUCCGACUGACCCAAAGGCCACAGCAUCUCUCAGAUCAGGGAGACAGAGAUCCCCCUUAAAUAAUUCAGUGUGGCGGAUGUGUUCACAUGUGGGGUAGCAUCUGUCACCAAGCUCAUCGCCGCCGCCUCUCCCCCUUACACAGCCUGAGGACAGACACUUGUAGGUCUGUAAUGUCAUCCUCACUUUAAAACAUUAAGCACAGACACACAGGCCAGAGGUGUAGCAACUCUGCCGUCUUGCCUCAGUCGACUCGAGAACGAGUACAAUUAUUACAAUUAUUAUUCUACUUGCUUUCUUUCUCUUCUAAGGUGGAUUUUGUUAGUGAAACCCUGAAAUAUAAGAGGGAGUUCUUAAAGGUUAAAGGUUCUGAUAAGGCUCUAAUAUUGAGCUUUGGUUCUGCUUUGAACCCUUGACGUUUUAAAGUUCUUUUAGGACGGCCCAAUGAACCUUAAAGAGACUGUAGGUGUGAGCAGUUGCCUGGGUAAUGGAUGUAUAUUUCUCUCAUCAUAUUUUCAAGGAGAUGUGAGCAAAUGGAGGCAUUGUGGAGUUAGGCAGGCAUAGUCGGUUGAAUAAGUGGUAACUGUGCAGGCUGUUGCUUGUGUUCUAUGCUCACACUACACACACACACACACACACACACUAUAGACUAACACUAUAUAUACACACACACACACACACACCUCACUGUGCAGGCUGUUGCUUGUGCUCUAUGCUCUGCUAUGAGUUGGACGAUGCGUCAGCAUCAUGGAGCUCUGGGGCCUUUCCACCAGGCGACGCCCGGGAAUGGUUGACCUCUCAGGGGCCUCGACCGGGAGGCCUCCUGAGCCCCCGCUGGCUCCGAUAUAUAAACACCUACACAAACCACCCCCCCCACACACACACACACACACACACACACACACACACACACACUCAUCAUCUGGGAUAUAAAUGGCAUUGGAGUGGGUGGUGAACUGGCUUGCUCUCUGUAGACCCAAAGAAAUUGAUUUUGCUAUUUAUUUGAUUCCCCCCCCUGCCCUCUAAAUAGUAGCACACUGUUUUCUUCUUUUGUUCAUAACAAAACAGCAGUAUCAUAUGCAUUUAUAUAUUUUCUUGUGACGGAUGAGAGAUUUUUAGGACUAUGUUGCAUCCAGAAGUCUGUUUUAUUAUUUUUGUAUUGUUGUUUGUUUCACUCAUGCUCUCGCAUCGGGAGUAUUCCAAAUACGUGGCUUAGUGACUGACACUGACAAGUUAGCUCAGAGUAAGUGGUAAACCUCCUAAAAGAAGAUCCCUGUGGCUUUGUUUUACUAUGAGAAUUAAGCCAUAGUGCUCUUCUAUUAUGAGGUUUACCACUUACUCUGAGCCAACUUAUCUGGGUUAGUUAUUUAACCACGUACUUGGAAUACCCCCCAGCUUCGUUGUGUAGUCCCGGUUGCUUGGAGCGUUAGCAAUAUGUGGUCUUAGUCACGGCAGACCUGGCCGCCGCCAUAAACACAUCAGUGGGACUGGUAAUGAUGUUAUUGGUCCUGGGUAAAGUGGUUUCACUGUGUUCCAUUACCGCUGUGUUUUCACAAACCACCCAGGAAAAUAAGCUCAAAGGUUUCACUUUAACGUUUCUUUUCUUCUUUGGUUUUCAUUUGUAUUGUUGUCCUUUUUUUCCUUUUCAAAGCAAAUAAAUAUUUUCCUUAGUAAAAGCACAACUAA